AUGAUAGAAAAAUUGGAUUGCAAUUUCUGUAAUCCUAUAGUGAGAACAAGCGAGGACGAGGUUCUCACUUCCCUACAGGGUGUUACACUCUUUGCCCUUGAAGAGGCAGCUUCAUGGUGGAGCAGUGCUCUUUGGUGGAGGACAUUUUUCACCACAGCAGUAGUUGCUAUUGUUUUAAGAGCUGCAAUUCAGCUUUGUGCCACCAAGAAAUGCGGCUUAUUCGGAGAAGGUGGUCUGAUAAUGUAUGAUGUUGGUUCUUCCCAAGACGGCCACACCCACCCCCACUCCCCCUGUCCCCCAAAUGGCAAACGCGUCCUUGAUCCUUCUCCUUCUCCAGACAGCCAAACCCAUGCGCGACAGCUUUCCUCUCCAAAUCCCUCUCCAAAUCCCAGAUCGAAGCCUUCCUCAGUUCCUCCAAAUCCCACCGCCGAACAGAGGAGAACCCCCACCGCCGGUGUACGACCCAGCCUCCACCCAGCAACGUUUUUGGAGCCACCUCUGACCACGCGACCUCGCUGCCUCCAGUCCACCCAGCAGUGUUUCUGGAGCCACGUCCGACCUCGCCAUGUCCGACCUCGCCGCCUCCAGUCCACCCAACAGCGUUUCUGGAGCCCACCCACCCAGCCACCGAUUGUCCGAUUCAAGUGCAUAUGGAGCCCGAGCCAUCUAUUCAGAUUUGGAAAGAUGUGGCAGCUCUCGCAAUUGCUGGUUGGUUUGCAUUAAGAAGUUUAGCUAUUUUGUUGGAGAAGACACCAUAACUUUGCUAUCAGUUUAAUGAUAAUUUAUUUUUAUUUUCAGUUGUGUUGAUUGUUGAACUAUUAAACUUCUUUAAUUGUCGUAUUUGAAUUCUGUUGUCGUUAUAUUUCAUUAGAUCAAGACUUUGUUACCUAUUGUGUAUUUCGGUUUGUCGAUUUCAAUGUUAUGACUUU